GAACAGAAAUUGCUCUUUGUAAAUAAUUGGCAUCUGUUUUGGGAGAGACCCAGGCUGUACCGUGCAGAUGGACUCCAUCCCAGCCGAAUCGGAGCGGCUGUGCCGUCGGACAACAUCUCCAAGACGUUACGCGCCAGAUGACUAGCCUUUUUCACGGAAGUUAGAACGCACAUCCGGUUCAGCGUUUGUUGUGUAAAGACACUUCCGGUGAAAUGGAGUCAGACGCGCUCUUCACAACUUCCCUGAGAAAUAUACCGGCAAUGACUUCAGCGGAUGUUUUUCGUCUUGUCGAACUUAAUCGCCCCGCACUCAAAACUCAACAAAGGGUACAAAUUCUUCCACGAAAAUUACAUCUUUAAUUACGAAGCGUCGAGUGUGAGAAACAGGGAGAUUAUCGUGAGAUGUAGGUGUUAUAGGUCGAUGAGGAAGCGUGAGGAGCCACAUUCUCUGCAGAUCACUUUGAAUGUUGACACAGUGCCUGUUGAGUUCACUAGCUCGUCAUGCACAUGUACUGCAGGCAAAGCUUUAUGCAAUCAUCUGGUUGCAAUGCUUUUUCAAACUGCGCACUUCAGCAUGAUGCAGAUGCAGACAGUACCACCAUCUACGGCAUGCACAGACACUCUGCAAACAUGGCAUAGACCAAGAACACAGGGGAUUUCUGCAGAGACUACAGAUCAGUUGGUCAGAAAGCCAAAGACGUCUUCCAGAAGUGUAUGCAAAUCUACACUCUACAGAGCAUACACUAGUCACUUCCCUGACCCAGCAGUAUUGGCUAUUGGAGAAGCUGUCAAAGGACUCACUCCCCAACCUUUGAUUUCCUGCGUCCUUACCGGUUUUUCAGAACUGGUUUUGGUGGACUCCAGAUUUGGUCCUGUGCCUCGAGGUUCAGUGCUCUCCUACCAAUGCCGUCCUGUUGUGACCAAGAACUACAUUAAACAUCCAGAUGCUCCUGUGUACCCUAAACUCCCUAUUAAUGGUUCUACAUUUCUGAGGAGCUUGCACUUCGUGCCAAACUGUCACCAGUUAUUCCAUUUGGAGAGCUUAAGUGUCACACAAGAGUUGGCAGUUAUAAUAGAGGAGCGGACUCAGGAACAAUCCGAGUGUGCACUGUGGAAAAGCAUGCGCAAGCCUAGAGUGACUGCGAGCCGAUUUUAUGAGGUUUCUCAUGUGCGAGGGGAGACAUCUGGCCAGGCACUGGCAAGGCGGAUACUCAGGGGUGUAAAGCAAACUAAAUGAAAAGAGGCCUUGACAGGGAACCCGAGGUGCUGGAACGUUACUCUGAACUGUUUAAUGUGAAUGUCUCAGCUUGUGGUUUCGUUGUGCACCCAGAUGCGUCCUACCUUGGUGGCAGUCCUAAUGCCAAAGUUUAUGACCCUAAUGCAGAUCCCUGUUUCGGGCUUGCUGAAGUGAAAUGCCCAGAUGUUCCUACAGUUUCUGAGGUUGGGCAUAUAAAAAUUGUGAAUGAACAGGCAACCCUGAAAAAAUCUCACAAAUAUUACUGGCAGGUUCAAGGUCAGCUGGCUGUAACUGGACUCAGUUGGUGUGACUUCAUCACUGACACUGAAGAGGACAUGACAGUUCAAAGAGUGUGGAGGGAUAAUGUCAUGAUAGCCCAGAUGCGAGAAAAUCUGGACCUUUACUACUUUGGUGCUUACAUGGAUGAAUUUCUUAUUUGCACUGUAUACUACUAAUCCUGUAAAAAAAAAAAGAUAAUCUGGAAUUUUUUGUAAAUUAUUUUUAUUUAUGUCUGUAAUUGUGAUGAUUUCAAGAUUUUAUAUUUGUAUAAAUGUAUGUUUUAACACUGAGAUAUGAUUUAAAAUAAAUGU